AAGAAGGAGAACCCGAGGAGAUGAGCUGAUGUUCCUCCUGCUACACUGAAUCAUCUUCUUCUGCUGCUCCUUGGAUCCACUUUCCUCUACAACCUAAAACCACCUCCAUUAUGAGACACUGGUGAAACCCAGAGAUGCAGAAUAACAGCAGCAGUGAUCAGCAAAUAACCACCGAAGCUCCCAGCAUGAGCAGCUCUGAUCAUCAGACACAGAGUAAAAUUUACUCCUGCUCAGACUGCGGGAAGACCUUUGGGGUCCUGAGUAACCUCAAAAUCCACCAGCGCAUUCACACUGGAGAGAAACCCUACUUCUGCUCCGACUGUGGAAAGAGCUUCAGGAUCUGGGGGCACUUCAAAGUCCACCGGCGCACUCACACUGGAGAGAAGCCGUACUGCUGCUCACUGUGCGGAAAGCGUUUCAAUAACUCCGGAAGCCUCAAGUCGCACCAGCGCAUUCACACCGGAGAAAAACCGUACUGCUGCUCGUAUUGUGAAAAGAGUUUUUCUUUCCGGAGCGCGCUCAGAGUCCACCAGCGCGUUCACACCGGAGAGAAGCCGUACGGCUGUUCGGAGUGUGGGAAGGGUUUUACUGUCCCGAGCGCGCUCCGGAUCCACCAGCGCACUCACACCGGAGAGAAACCGUAUCAGUGCUUAGAGUGCGGGAAAUGUUUCAACGACCAGAAUUAUUUAACAGUGCACCAGCGCAUUCACACCGGAGAGAAACCCUACUGCUGCUCGCACUGUGGAAAGAGCUUUAAUAGCCUAAAAUAUUUUAAAAUUCACCAGCGCAUUCACACCGGAGAGAAACCUUAUCACUGCUUAGAGUGUGGAAAGGAUUUUAGUACAAAUAGUUAUUUCAAAACUCACCUGCGCAUUCACACCGGAGAGAAACCGCAUUGCUGCUUGAAGUGUGGACGCUGCUUUGCACAUUUUUCAUCAGUUAAGAGACACAAGUGUGCAAAAUCCGAGCCGCCUGAUUGUACCGAAUGAUCAGGAGUCAGCAUCUAAACUGUUCUAAUAAUAUUGUAGUAACGUUUAGUAUGUAGUAUCAUGUAUGUAUGUUUUUCUCUCUAAUGGCUCUAAAUGUUCCCUCAGAUUCAGUGUAAAUGACUAUAUGACUAAAUAUAUGUGGACACCUGACCAUAAGUUGAAAACCCUGUACAAACCCAAUUUUUAUACAUAUUGGGACACUUUGUGAAUGCAAUAAAAAUAAAAC